AUGGCUAGAAUUUGCGAGUCUCGCGUGGGGAAGAAAUACCUUCGACAGAAGCGAGAUCGACGCAAGCUAAAUCUAGAGAAAAGUCGCACGAGUACAGCAAACUUUGCGGAGCAGAUGUAUGCCUGGAAGUGA